GACCCCGGACUUGCCGAUUCUCUUUCAUAACCUUCGCCUGCUCCCAGAAUGACCGGCUAGCUAGGGUUUUGUUUGCAAACCCCAAUCUGAUCCCCACCACCACGCAACCGCAGCCGCAGCCGCCGCCGCCGGCGAGGGGCGACCGCGGGGCGCGGUUGCCGAAGGGAUGGCGAACCGCACAGACCCCCUCGCGAAGAGCAUCCACGGGACGAACCCGCAGAACCUGGUGGAGAAGAUUGUGCACUCCAAGAUCUACCAGAGCACCUACUGGAAGGAGCACUGCUUUGGCCUCACCGCCGAGACGUUGGUCGACAAGGCUAUGGAGCUCGACCACACCGGCGGGACCUACGGCGGCAACCAGCCCACCCCGUUCCUCUGCCUCGCGCUCAAGAUGCUGCAGAUCCAGCCCGACAAGGACAUCGUCGUCGAGUUCAUCAAGAACGAGGAUUACAAGUAUGUUCGCGUUCUGGGGGCCUUCUACAUGCGCCUCACCGGCACCGUUGCUGAUGUCUACCAGUAUCUGGAGCCACUCUACAACGACUACCGCAAGCUCAGGCAUAAGCUCAGCGAUGGACAGUUCGCACUUACCCAUGUUGAUGAGUUCAUCGAUGAGUUGCUGACCAAGGACUACUCCUGUGAUACAGCCCUCCCCCGUAUUCAGAAAAGAUGGGUUCUUGAAGCGUCUGGAACUCUAGAACCAAGAAGAAGUGCACUUGAGGAUGAUUUUGAGGAAGAAGAGGAAGACAAGGAGGAACAACCUAUGGAAAUUGACCAGCCUAAUGGCCAUGAGAAGGAUAAUCAUCGUGGAAGAAGCCCUGCAAGGGACCGGGAUCGGGACCGGGACCGGGACCGGAAACACGAAAGGCAUCACAGGGACCGAGAUCAUGAUAGAGAUCGGGAUUACGAUAGGGACUAUGGGAGAGGACGGGACAGAGACCGAGAUAGAGAUCGUGAAAGGGACAGAAACAGGGAUAGGGAUCGCGACCGUCACCGUCUGCGAGACGAUGACUACAGCCGAGACAGGGACCGAGACCGUGAGAGGGAUGGUAGGGAAAGGGAACACCGGGACAGAGACCGUGGCAGGCACAGGAGCCGCUCAAGGAGCAGGGAUCGGCGAGACAGAGACCGUGAAGAUGGAGAGUACCGCAGGAGGCGUGAUCGUGGCAGUGUGAGUCCUCGAGGACGUGGUGAGGAUGGCGCCACAAGGGAGGAACCGAAGAGGAAGAAGGAAAAGAAAGAGAAGAAGGGAGAACAAAAUGCUCCAGAUCCAAAUGAUCCUGAGAUCAUAGAAAUGAACAAGCUCCGGGCCUCACUAGGGUUGAAACCGCUGAAGUAGAUUUCUUGCUGUAGUGUAUUAAUACGAAGCUUGUCAGCUGUGAUAGUUUGAACUGGAAAUGCUGAGCUGUGGAUAUGCAUCCAACAUUUUUUUCUGGCUUCCUCAGCUUCGUGUAGUUACCUAUUAAUUUUAAUGUAACGAUAUCAUUUGAUUGUUUAGUUGUCCA